AAACAGUACCUACCUAAUCAUUUCUUCAUGACUAGUCCUGCCCUGCUUAACCCCCAACCUCAAAAUUAGGGUUCAUAAUUUCACUGCAAUCCAAAUCUGAGCAUCAAUUUGUAGUAUAGUUGUUCUGAUUUGUUUCCUAAUUUAUUGGAUUUUCAGAAUUACUUAAGGUAUGGCCAGCUUAAUUAGAAGUUUCUUGCAAUCUUUAAUGAAAAUGUUUAAUGCCAUCAUCGGAAUGGCUGGAAUUGCUAUGGUAAUUUAUAGUUUUUGGAUGAUUCGGGUUUGGCACAAACAAACAGGUCAUUCUCCGUUCGAAGAAUCGGACUAUCCAUUUCCAUGGUUUAUCUAUACCUUUCUGGGACUUGGGGUCACCUUUUGUGUGAUUACAUGCUCAGGUCAUAUUGCUGCGGAGACUAUGAAUGGGUGUUGCUUAUAUCUUUACAUGAUGAUUGUGUUCCUACUUCUAGUGCUAGAAGGUGUUAUAACAGCAGAUGUGUUCCUGAAUCAUAACUGGGAGCAGGACUUUCCAAAAGAUCCAACAGGAAAUUUGCAUGAGUUGAAAGUUUUUAUUAGGGAAAAUUUUGAUUUCUGCAAAUGGAUUGGCUUGCCAAUUCUGGCGGCACAGGGAUUGUCAUUUCUUUUGGCUAUGGUGCUGAAAGCUUUGGGCCCACAUAGGGAUAGAUAUUAUGACAGUGAUGAGGAGUAUGCCGCUUCAAGGCACCCGCUUUUGAGAAACUCUGCUGAUCCGCCUCAUGUUGCUGACUCUCUCUAUGCGCCAAGGAAGUGACACAAAACAUAUGUACUUAUCUAUGUGAUUUACAUGGUUAUAAUAUGCUGCAACCCAAAAUUCAAUUUAUGUAUUUAGUCGAAGCGUGGAAGAGGUUCUUGAAAUAUGACUCUCGGAAAGAAGGGGAAGAAACAAACAAAGAGCAAAUAAACUUUUUCUUUUUUUUCAAUUAAAUUAAUUUGUUUGGAAUGUAUAAAAGUGUAAUUUCAUAAUUUUCAGGUAAAUUAACGAUUGUUAUUUAUAUUUUGGACUGAAAAUAACCAUUAUUCAUUGUAGUAGUUAAAAUAGUUAAAAACCUUGGUGAUAAUUUGCACGUACGAUAGGAAGAAAGGAAAGGGGCCAUUCUGCUCUACCUUAUUGCAUUCAUCUUUCUUCCCUAAAAUAUCCUAAUUUGUUGCUUCACAUUUACUUACUCUGGUCUUCUUACUUGAACGUACUUAUUAUUUCAUGUCCACGAAUUCUCAAAUGAGACGGUUUUGUAGUGAGACAAUUUCUAUUGGACUUGCUU